UGCUGCGCACCGCCGACUGGAGGCAGACCACUGCUACUCCUCAUCCCCACGCCAACGGAGAAGCAGAAAACAAGGAGCCCAAUGGCCGAGGGUGUGUGGAUGAAUUUUCCUCGAAUUUGAAAAGCGAUUUCUUUAGCCUAGUCUGACUCAAGGAUUUAAGGAUUUUUUUUGGAGGGAAGUGCGUAAAGACGGGGAAAGAAUCAGACGAGUGCUCUGCGCUCUUCUGCAUCCUCCCUCUCCAUCAUCUCUCCUCCUUUCCGGCUCUGCGCCUUUGCAAGAAUCCUGGCUCUCCCAUCCUGACUCUCUCUAGUGACUGAUCACCACACUACUGCAACUGCGAGCCGCCCCUCUCCUUCUUUUGUCGGAGUUUGACUCACAUUUUCAAGCCUCUGGAAGUAGCCCCUGUAAGCUGUCUGGACUCUGCUGCGUUUGUCUCCCCGAUACCAGCGGAUCGUCAAGGGGACCUCGCGCCGAGUCAAAAGGACUGGAAAUUAUUUAGCCCUCUCACAUCAACGUGCCGCAUGGUGGGAAUUUCUGCAUCUUUUCAGUAUCGCACUGGGAAGCUCUCCACCAUGCCCGACUCACCUGCGGACGUCAAGACACAGUCCAGGUUGACCCCCCCUACCAUGCCGCCUCCACCCAGCACACAAGGAGCUCCCCGUAACAGCUCCUACACCCCCACCACAUUAACCAAUGGCAGUAGCCACUCUCCGACGUCACUCAACGGCGCUCCAUCCCCACCGAACGGCUACAGCAACGGUCCUAGCUCCUCCUCCUCCUCCUCGCUGGCCAACCAGCAGCUGCCCCCGGCCUGUGGCGCACGGCAGCUCAGCAAGCUGAAGCGCUUCCUCACGACUCUGCAACAGUUUGGGAACGACAUCUCACCUGAAAUUGGCGAGCGGGUCCGCACACUAGUGCUGGGGCUGGUGAAUUCCACGCUAACCAUCGAAGAAUUUCACUCCAAGCUCCAAGAAGCCACCAACUUCCCCCUGCGACCAUUCGUCAUCCCCUUUCUGAAGGCCAACCUGCCGCUCCUUCAGAGGGAGCUGCUGCACUGUGCCCGGCUGGCCAAGCAGAACCCUGCUCAGUACCUGGCUCAGCACGAGCAGCUGCUCCUGGACACCAGCACCACCUCCCCCGUGGACUCCUCUGAACUCCUGCUGGACGUCAAUGAGAACGGCAAGAGAAGGACACCAGACAGAACCAAAGAGAACGGCUUCGAGCGAGACGGUUCCCUGCACCCAGAUGUUCACCCCAGCAAGCGGCCCUGCACCAUAAGCCCCGCCCAGCGCUUCAGCCCCUCCAACGGGCUCUCCUACCAACCUAACGGCCUGCCCCACCCGGGCCCGCUCCCCCCACAGCACUACAGGCUGGACGACAUGGCCAUCGCCCAUCACUACCGAGACACCUACAGACACCCUGCUUCCAACCAUCGGGAGAUCCGGGAGAGAGCCAGACCUAUUGGUAUGCAUGCAGGGACCAGGCAGGAGGAAGUGAUUGACCACAGGCUGACGGACAGGGAGUGGGCGGAGGAGUGGAAGCACCUUGACCAUGUAAGAAAACUGCUGAAUUGCAUCAUGGAUAUGGUGGAGAAAACAAGGCGCUCACUGACAGUACUGCGGCGGUGCCAGGAGGCUGACCGCGAGGAGCUCAACUACUGGAUCCGACGAUAUAGCGAUGCUGAAGAGCUGAAGAAAGGAGCCGCUAGCGGGCAGUCAAGGCAGCAGAGCCCAGCAGCACAGGAAAACGCAACUCCAGAAAUUCACAGGGAGCUGAUGCACCGGCCUGUGUCUGGCUACGUCCCUGAAGAGAUUUGGAAGAAAGCUGGUUCGGGAGGCUUGACUUCCUCUGUCUCCACAAUCUUUCCAGAGGAGGCGGUGAAUGAGGUGAAGCGGCAGGCCAUGUCAGAGCUACAGAAGGCUGUGUCAGAGGCUGAGCGUAAGGCUCACGAGAUGAUCAGCACCGAGCGGGCCAAGAUGGAGCGUACAGUAGCGGAAGCCAAGCGGCAGGCGGCCGAGGAUGCAAUCUCUAUAAUCAACCAACAAGAAGACUCCAGCGAGAGUUGCUGGAACUGCGGCCGCAAAGCCAGUGAGACCUGCAGCGGCUGCAACACGGCGCGUUACUGUGGCUCAUUCUGCCAGCACAAGGACUGGGAGAAGCACCACCAUGUUUGCGGUCAGACCCUCCAGGCCCAGCAGCAGCAGCAGGCCAGCCAGCAGCAGGGAGGGGUCCCUGGGUCAGAAACCCCUGCCCCCAUCAGCUCUUCUGCCUGCACCCCGAGCAGCGGGACCGGGAGUCCGGCUGCUACCCCGCCUGCUGCUACCCCUCGCUCCUCCACCCCCAGCACCCCAUCCUCCUCCGCCCUGGAUGGCUCGACGCGCUAAGAGACUCACACAGCGGAAGGAGGAUAAUGCCCCUGGGGCUUAACAACCUGCCCCCAACCCCACAAACAGCAUGACUGUCUACAUUGCCUUGCAGAGAUGCUAAGCUAACGUGUCUAACGGCCAUGCUUGUGUCUCUUUUGCAACGUAGUCGUAGAUGGAGGAGGAGGUCCAUAAUCAGGUCAUAUUGACUUGCCAUGACUUUAAAGAAACACAAAGAUAUUCUUUGUUUUGAAUGAAUGAAUUUAAAUAUUGACAUCCUGUUAUCGCUACACUUGCUAUUCUUGUCGUCUGUUUGUUGAUGUGCCUGUUGUUGUUAAUGUUGUUGUCAUCGUAGCUUAUCUUAUUUUCACUGUAAAUAUUAAGAGACAGAGCAGAGGUGGACAUGAACUCCAGACAAGUAUCUGACCUCCCCUUUUUCAAGUCUUUAUAUUUUCCAUCCCUGAAUUGAUGCUUAUCUCCUUCCUGUACCUGAGACAUGAGACUAGUCAACCUCAAUUUACCAAACAGCAUACCAAGGGAAAAAAAUCUAGCUAGAAGAGCGACGUGAGUCAUCAAUACUCUUUAAGGAAAGAAAAGUAUGUUGAAAGACACACCAAUGGAUGGAUGGAUAAAUGAGUUUGCUGCCUGGAGAGUGGACAGCGAUGGACUGAAUAUCUGGCCCACAGACCGCUAUCAAACGGGCAGAUGUGCAGCAGAUUGCAAACAGAGCCAGCUGUUCAACCAAUGUUAUUUCCCUCUCACUUGUAAUAAUAUCCAGGUCAGUGGGCUGGGAAAUACAAAUCUGUCUCCCUGAAGGAUGUUAAAGGAAGAAUUCUUGGACGUGAUACAAAAACUUUGCCCACUGCACAUGUAGAGAAUGUACUGACUACAAUUCGCACGUGAAUACUUGAUGGGUCUGCAGAAGCUCUCCAACAUGACGUGAAGUCAUCAUCCAAUUGGUAAGACUGUCAAGUCAAUGCAACAGCAGUUCUGAGCCCGAAAUGGAACAUCUUAUUCUUUUUUCUGUAGAUGUCAUGGUGUUUAAGACUCCUGUCCUGUGGUGUCACCAAUGGUUAUUUAUUGUAUAUGUGUUGGACAAUUGUGACAAUGCAUCAUACUUUAACCCAUCACAACUCCAAGUCCAUCAUAACUCUCUGUCUCUCUCUAUCUGUCUCUCUUUAGCUGGUGCAAAAAAAAAACAGGUUUUUUCCGUUUUUCCAAGCUGCUUUUCUAUUCUGUGUGUUAGUAGUAGAUCCCCUGUAGUUCUUUAAGUUUGACUUCCCUUCGUCCUCAAGAAAAGACACGAGCUAUAUCUCAGAGCUGCUAAUUGAGUCCGACCCAGAUGUUUUCUGAGAACUAGCAUGUUGCGUGGAAUGCUAACCCUAAAUGUUUUGUACAAGGGACAUACAUAAAUGUAUUUGCACUGUCACAGAGGUUAUUUCAGCAUGCUUUUUUUCAGCAUACUUGUGCCGUCAGUAUGGAGCCACAAUUCAUCAACCAUUUUAUAUGUAGUGAUAGCAUCUCUUUAAACAUUAUUUUGGAUGGGGGAAGUUGGAAAAAUGUAAAACCACCAAACCCACCAGUUAUUUUGUCUUCUUUACAUGCUAACAAAAGCAGCCAUAACAUUUUUUUAAAUAGUUACAGACAGUGCAUGCACAUUAAUGAACGUUUGUUACAUAUUUGUUAUUUUUUAAGAAAAAUACAAAAAAAAAAACAACAACCAAAAAAAAGGUAAAAAAUACAAAAAUAUUCUAACAAACUAACUUUCCAAAUGCAGAUGUGUAGACUCCAAUUGACAGCUUUAACACUGCAAAGCACCAGGUAACACACAGUAUUAACACAUGAGAUAUUAAAAAAAAAAACAACAACAAAAACAGCCAAAGACUGACACCAAGGACCAAAACCCUGAUUUAAAACCAUUUCAAAAGAGGUUUGUUCACAUUCAAUUCUGGUUAUUUAUCUAGUUCUGUUUGUUUGUUUGAAAUAACUGGAACAAAACCAACUUCAAUGUCAUAGAAGUCAUUUUAAAUUUGUUUUUGAUUCUUACCAGAACCGAAUGGCACUCAUCUUAUUGUGAAAUAAGAAGGUGUGAUAAAAACAUAACGACCAUUUCACUGAAGUGUUACAUUUUAACUGGAGCAAUAAUAUUGUGACUAAUUAACACUGAUGACUUCUGUAUCCUUUUUGAAGAGAAUUUUGAAAUAUUUUUAUGUGUAAAUUUUCUCAUUACACAAAGGUCAGAUUAAAUGCCCAAUUCAGCUUUAAGUAGUUAAGUUAGUCGUUCUUAAAGGAGUAAAUAUCAGACUGGGCUUUCACACCAUUGCCAUUCGCAGUUCUUCAUAUGUAUUAAAUCAGUGUAUGUCAUAUUUUCUUUCAGAAACAUAAUCAGUCACAGCUUUGUUGUGAACCUUCAGUGAAAAUCAAACAAACCUCUCAUUUGCAGAAAGAGAGCACUUACCCUGACGCACACAAAGGCUCUUCACCCCAAACACCUUGGUGCUACACAGAAGCGCGUUACAAAUUCUGACCUCAAGGAUCAAGUGGAGGCCUGUUAAGGUUCUGGGCUGUUUGCUCCCUCUGUACUUCCUCAUCUCUCCCUUCUCAUUGAGAAAAAAAAACACAACUGCUCUUUGACUCUAAAGGGUUAAACAAUCCAAAAAGGUGUCUGACACCCGACUAGCGACUCCUCAGAAGCUGUGAAGAAACAGCCAAGCUGUUUUAACACUAGUGUAUUUGAAAGCAUACAACAACAUGUGUAUUCAUCAUUAUCAGGGCAAAACCUGGAUUUAAAAAAGGCUUUUUUAAAACUAUGACAGAUAUUACCGCUCAAUACAUAUUAUUCACACUGAGGCCAUUUUCCUGUUGCCUCCCACUUAGAGUAGUAGUGGAAUGCUGUUAUAAUGUCUUUAUCCUGAUUUUAAGGUUUUAAGUGUUGUGAAAAUAGGGAAUCUGAAUCUGAAUUUGCUUCUAAAGUGACCUGGAUAGUAAACAUUUUGAGAGACAUUGGGCCAAGUAAAAACAACACAUUUUAUUAAUACUAUUUGGGCAUUAGUCCAUUAUCGGUUAUUUUUUGGCAGGCAGUGCUCAUUACCUCAAUUUCAGAGCGCUUCUCAGCGGCACUUACUGUUGCUAGGUUACAAAGGUUGUCUCAUGGCACAUCUGCUUCAAUCAAUAGUGACCAAAAGGUCUGCUUUCAAUUGCUCUGUAUGCGCCAUAUUUCCGCAUAUUUAAGGAAAUUUAACAGAAAAUAUGAAACCACUGUAAAGGAAUACUGUCCUAGUUAAGCAGCAGCUUUAUACCUUUUAGGCCAUUGUUGUUGACAAAGUUGAUCCUCCAGCCCCUUCUUGACUGUGAUUAGUCGAUGAGGGAGAAGUGACACUGACAAGCACAGCAGUGUUGACGGCGCAAAUUGCAGUUGAAGGCCCUUAGACAACAGCUAACAUUAGCUUAUCCACUUGCUAGCAAAGAUUACUGUUUGGAAGUGUUAAGAGAUGAAACAGAAAAUGUCUUCAAUUCUUAUGAUCUUAUUAAUCUAAAUGGCUUCAUGCUAGGUGCCAAUUGCUAAUAAAAUAACAGUUAAUGUUAGCAGUCCUAGCUACAGUUAAUUAGCUAACAACUCACUAUAAGCUAGGAAGGCGUGUCUUACUGUAUCCGAUAGCUCUAGCAAAUGAUAAUAUUAACUGGGCAAAGGUUGAAUGCUAAAAUACUAAAACGGUUACUAAUGAGUUAUUACAUUGGUUGUCUUAACUAGUAAUGUGGUUCAAUGUCCAUCAGAGUUUUACUCUGUAUUGUCACUCAAGUUGCUGAAUGAUCAAGAAUGAAUUCAAAAUGAUUUUAGAUUCACUAUUUGACUAGGAAAAUUAUUACACAGCAGUACAACAUUAAGAGAAGCUUAUCAGCGUAUCACCCUGAGCAUGACAUCAUAGGAAAAUGGCCACCGUGUGAAAUGAUGAACAGUUCUUUGAGAAGCUAUACUUUUUUCUUUCUUCCCUCCUCUAUGUGUGUUUUGCUACAAAUUCCUCGGUGGCAAACAAGUCUCACUCUACCUCUUACAACACGAUAAGAGCAUCAGUCGUGACGCUGAUACUGGUCUAGUCUAAACCAAAUGGGCACAAGAGAACAGGAAAAUAAAAAACCCAAAGUCGAAGCUCAUACAGCUGCAAAACCAUAUCACUACUUGGUAACAAUGCAGACCUCAUAAAUAAAUGAAACAUAAAUUAAAAAUAAAUGAGAAAAAAAAAAACUUUUGUUAUUUUCCGUUAUGCCUGUAGCGUUCCUAGAGUACAUCAAGAGUUUGAAAUGUUUGAACAGAUUUUUAAAAAUUGUGCUGAUUUUAAAGAAACGUGUUGUCGAUUCCUUCUUCGAUGACACACGCUAAGGUCACAGAUAAGAAAUGUUGUUUCCUUCUUGCUCUUUUCUCUCUCCUGUGUCCCCUCUGCCCUUAUUUUCCUUUUCUCUUCUCUGUUGUAAAGACAUGCAGAAGUGCUUGUCUACUUGUCAGCCGGGGUAAAUUCAAAAAUGGGGGGAGGCAAAGCUUGUAGAAUCUAAAAGAUGAUGCUAUAAAUCAAGGCAUGCCUGUUUUUUUUUUUGUUUUUUUUUUACAAUAGCAGGAAAUGUUAUUAAAAUGUCCUUCUUAUCAAAGGCCGUAGCAUUAACCUCUGGGGAGUGAGUUGAAAUUCAGGGGUGGGAGGGCUUCAGUUUUUGUGUUCUCUUGAGAAAAUUUAUUGUGAAAAAAAAGAGCUCAAAUGAUUUGAAGUUGUUGUGCAAUACUUUAUUGAGACAUGAAAACCACAGGUUAGUGGUAGGCUGACACUGGGCGGUCUCUCCAUCGCCUAGGGUCAGUGUCCUCUAGAGAGCUUUCCAGUCUACUAUGUCAGAACUGUGGUUUCUUGUUCAUUUUUUUUUUUCUUUGUUUUUUUUCUUUUUUUAAAUACUUUUUUGGGCUGUAAACUAUGGUCUGUCAGUCUGUGAAACUUUGCAGUAUAAUUCUGGUAUUGUUGUUCUCUUAACGGUGUAAUAAAUAUGUUAAUACCUGC